UCUUGCUGCUGGGAGUCAAAGUACAAAAGUGUGUGUGAGAGUGAGUGUGUGUCUGUGUGUGCAUGCGCGCGUGUGUGUGUGUGAUAGCGGCACUAAAGGAGAAGUGGCGGCUCUCCGACUGAUAUUCUCCGCAGAAAAGAGAAAUAUCGACAUUUGGAGGUCAGGUGACAGGAAGUGGACCCUGAGGACAAUAUCACAUGUUGCCUUUUGGGAGGAGGUCAAUGCCUGGGUGCCUGGGAGGGCGGCGGGGGUAGGGACAGCGGGGGUCUCCUCACCAUGAGGUCACUCACACUUUGAGGGCGCCAGCCAUGUUGGAGACAGCCGGAGAAACCUUUUGAGUCCUCGGGGGAGCGCGAGGGCGGUGCACCCCCCUCCCCCCCUUUGUCUCCCACCAUGUCCAACGGCAGCCUCCCGCUUGAGAACGUCUCCAACAACUGGAGCUGCAGCAAGAACGACGGCUUCAAGUACCCGCUGUACAGCAGCGUCUUCAGCCUGGUGUUCGUGGUGGGCCUGGUCACCAACGUGGCCGCCUUCUACAUCUUCACCUGCUCCCUCAAGCUGAGAAACGAGACCACCACCUACAUGAUCAACCUGGUGGUUUCCGACCUGCUCUUCGUCUCCACGCUGCCCUUGAGGGUCUUCUACUUCAUCAACCGCAGCUGGCCCUUCGGCAGGGUCCUGUGCAAGGUGUCCGUCUCGCUCUUCUACACCAACAUGUACGGGAGCAUCCUGUUCCUCACCUGCAUCAGUGUGGACCGCUUCCUGGCCAUCGUGCACCCCAUCCGCUCCAGGACGCUGCGGACAAAGCGCAACGCCAAGAUGGUGUGCGUGGCCGUGUGGGCGCUGGUGCUGUCCGUCAGCCUGCCCACCGGCUUCCUAUUGGGCACCACGUCGCCUGAGGGGAACCGCGCCAACGCCACCUACUGCUUCGAGAACUUCUCCUCCUACCAGUGGAAGGUCCACCUGUCCAAGGUGGUGAUCUUCAUCGUGACGGUGGGCUUCAUCAUCCCGCUGCUGCUCAACGUCUGCUGCUCCAUCAUGGUGCUGCAGACACUGUGGCGACCCCACAAGCUGAGUCGCGGCGGAAAGCUGAACAAGAGCAAGAUCCUGCGGAUGAUUGCCGUGCACCUGUGGAUCUUCUGCUUCUGUUUCAUCCCCUACAACGUCAACUUGGUCUUCUACUCGCUGGUGCGCACCAAGACGCUCAAGGGCUGCUUCGUGGAGUCGGUGGUGCGCACUAUCUACCCCAUAGCGCUCUGCAUCGCCGUCUCCAACUGCUGCUUUGACCCCAUCGUGUACUACUUCACUUCCUCGACCAUCCAGAAUUCCUUCAAGAGGAAGUCUCAGCCGGACCAGCGCGAGUUCUGCCAGCACCUGCGCUCGGAGUCCAACUCCAACCUGCAGUGCAGCCUGAAGAACUUCAAACCCAAAGUUCUUUACAACGAGUCUUCAGUGUGACAACUCUCUGACCGUUUGAGGCCACACCACUUUCAUGGAACUUUGGAUCUCAAGACCUGCUCGAAUCCUCCGUUGUGGAAUUUACUGUGAUUGUGGGAAAGAGCCGGAAGGAAACGUGACUGAUGUCUUUGCUACUGAACGGAAAUCUUUGCUACUGAACUGAAUUCAAAUUGGGAUUUCCAAGUUCCUAGUCAGAAGUUUCAACCGGACACCCUUUGAGGUCGGAUUUCCUACUCUGAAUGUUUUUCAAAGUUCAAAGCCAAAGUUCUUCAUGACAACUCUCUGACUGUUUGUGGCAGGUUUGGGGGAACUUUGGAUUUGCGAGGCUGGCUUGAAUCCUGCGUUUUGGAAAAAGUUCUUUAGGUUCAGCGGGAAAGACUUCAGUUCAGUCACGUUCCCUUCAAAGCCAAAGUUCUUCAUGACAACUCUCUGACCGUUUGUGGCAGGUUUGGGGGAACUUUGGAUUUGCGAGGCUGGCUUGAAUCCUGCGUUUUGGAAUUUGCCAUCAUUGUGAGAAAGAGCCGGAAGGGAACGUGACUGAACUGAAGUCUUUGCCAUUGAACUGAAGUUUAGUCAGAAUUUCCGAGUUCCAAGUCGGAAGUUUCUACCGGAAAGCCCCUUGAGGUCGGAUUUUGUCGGAUUUUGUCGGUUUGUGGGAACCUUGGAUUUGCGAAGCUGGCUUGAAUCCUCCGUUGUGGAAUUUACCAUUACUGCAGGAAAAAGCCUCAAGGGAACUUGAGUGAACUGAAGUCUUUGCCACUGAACUGAAGUCUUUGCUACAUGUGUGUAGUUUGUUUGUCGGUCACAGUGUAAUGGUGCGUUCUAUUUGUACUGGCAAGUCGGAAUUUUCGAGUUCCUAGUCGGAAGUUUCAACUGGACACCCCUCGAGGUCGGAUUUCUUACUCUGAAUGUUUUUCAAAGUUCAAAGCCAAAGUUCUUCACAAGUCCUCGGUGUGACAAGUCUCUGACAUUUUGUGGGGGUUGGCGACACGCUACGUUCUGGGAAUUUUGGAUUUACGAGAAGCCUCUAGAGAAUGUGACUGAACUGAAGUCUUUUCCGCAUAUGUGCAGUUUGUGUGUUGGUCACAGUGUAAUGGUGCGUUCCAUUUGUACUAAGAAGUCGGAAUUUCCGAGUCCCUAGUCGGAAGUUUCAACCUAAACGCCACUUCAGGUUGGAUUUACGACUGAAUGUUUAUCAAAGUUCAAAGCCAAAGUUUUUUAGAGUACUCAUGUGAUGACACUUUGGCCAUAAGUGGCGGUUCGACGCCACACCACUUUCAGGGAACUCACACUAUGCAUUUAUGAGGUAUGCUUGAAUUCUCCAUUGUGGAAUUGGACUGAACUGAAGUCUUUGCCACUGACUGAAGUCUUUGCUGCACGUGUGUAGUUUGUGUGUUGGUCACAGUGUAAUAGUGCGUUCCAUUUGUACUGGGAAGUCGAAAUUUCUGAGCUCCGAGUCGAAAGUUCCAACGGUAACGACCCUUGAGGUCGGAUUUCCGACUCGAAAAGUUCAAAGUCAGAGUUCUUGACAACGAGUCCUCGGUGUGAGAACUCUCCGACAAUUUGUGGCGGUUGAACGCCAUGCCACCUUCAGAGAACUCCCACUUUGGCAUUCACAAGACUUGUUUAAAUCCUUCCUUUGUGGAAUUCACCGUCAUUGCGGAUAAAAGCCAGAAGGGGAACCAGACUGAACUAAAGUCUUUGCCAAAUGGUUGUAGUUUUCAACCGGAACGGCCCUCGAAGUUGGAUUUCCUACUCGGAAAGUUGGAGGGGUUUUACCACCUUGUAGUUGGCUUCAAAGAACGUAAACAAUAUCCGUUAUUAGAACCUCUGACCACUAAAUAAGCCAUGUCGGUGUAUGUUUGUACAUAACAUUAAAGGGGAACAUUAUCACAAUUUCAGAAGGGUUACAACCAAUAAAAAUCAGUUCCCAGUGGCUUAUUUUAUUUUUCGAAGUUUUUUUCAAAACUUUACCUGUCCCGGAAUAUCCCUAAAAAGCUUUAAAGUGCCUGAUUUUUGCUAUCUGCGAAGCCACUGUCCAUUUCCCUGUGACGUCACAUAGCGAUGCCAAUACAAACAAAUGGUGGGUAGCACAGCAAGAUAUAGCGACAUUAGCUCGGAUUCAGACUCGGAUUUCAGUGGUUUAAGCGAUUCAACAGAUUACGCAUGUGUUGAAACGGAUGGUUGGAGUAUGGAGGCAGAUAGCAAAAACGAAAUCGAAGAAGGAACUGAAGCUAUUGAGCGAAAAGCUAUUGACACUAUUCGGCCAUGUUUGCCUUAGCAUCGCCGGUAAAAUGUGCAGACCAAUGAUCGGAAGUUUCGCAUCUUGUGACACUGGAUCAACUUAAAUCCGUCGAUUGGUAAGUGUUUGUUUGGCAUUAAAUGUGGGUGGAGGGAAACGCUGGAUGCAAAUACAACUACAAAUGUACAUACAGCUAGCCUAAAUAGCAUGUUAGCAUCCAUUAGCUGGCAGUCAGGCCGCGACCAAAUAUGUCUGAUUAGCAGAUAAGUCAAUAACAUCAACAAAACUCACAAUUGUGAUUUCGUUGACUUUUUCGUUGGGAAUGCAUCUGCUUUGAGUGUCGCAGGAUAUCCAGACAUUCUUGCGAUCUCUGUGCCAUGUCUGUCGUAGCAUCGCCGGUAAAAACCAAACGAGGGACUUUCGCAUCUCUUGACACUGGAGCAACUUAAAUCCGUCGAUUGGUAUGUGUUUGUUUGGCAUUAAAUGUGGAUGGAGGGAAAGGCUGGGUACAAAUAUAGCUACAAAUGAACAUACAGCUAGCCUAAAUAGCAUGUUAGCAUUGAUUAGCAUGCUGUGCUAAUCGAUGCACAUUCUACGUAAAUCAACUUGAAUCUGUCCCUGUUCGGGUUGUUACACCCUCCGACAACACACGACGAGGCAUGAUGUCUCCCAGGUACCGGCAAACUGUCGAAAAAACGGAAAAUAACAGAGUUGAUUUGACUUGCUGCGUGUAAUGUGGUGGAGAAAAUGGCGUUGACUACCUAGGUGACGUCACGUUCUGACGUCAUCGCGCCGAGAGCAAUAAAUAGAAAGGCGUUUAAUUCGCCAAAAUUCACCCAUUUAGAGUUCGGAAAUCGGUUAAAAAAAUAUGUGGUCUUUUUUCUGCAACAUCAAGGUAUAUAUUGAUGCUUACAUAUGUCUGGUGAUAAUGUUCCCCUUUGAUGUAAAGUACGUUUUUUUCGUGUGCUAUACACGCCCUACAAAGCUAGGAAUAGCAUCUGUUUCCUCUUCAUACACCGUAUUUUCCCGUAAAUUGUUUAUUUUCAGACAAGGCAAGCACAAAAAUAGCUUUUGCGAUCUCGAUUUACGACCACAUAACCGUGAACUCUCAGUCCUGGCUCCGACUUCAGACUUCCCAGGUACAUGGAACGCAUCAUUAGCUCCCUUUGGAGGUCUGAGGCAUCCCUCCUGAACCGUUGUUGUGUCUGAAAUAAAGCCAUUGCACCAGACUUUGUUUACCGGUCGUUGGCAACAACAGAGAAGUUUGCGCGCAAGUUAACCGCCAAGGAAGUCUGACUGCUGCUGGGGAGUGUCCCCUUCCUGUGUGGCAAGAGGGCUUGUGCAAACUUCAAAGGUCACGUGCUGAAAAUCUCCAAACUAAUACAGUAACCUAUGAUUAUUUGGGUCACAUUUAUUAAUUAAAGUGUCUCACAAGAUGCUAGAAUUUCACUUAUGGCGUCUUUUCAAGUCAAGUCCAACAAAUUAUGAGUAACUAUUAAUGAAUAGUAACUUACUAUUCAGAAACUGUAACUACUUAGCACUGAUACGGAUGCAACAGAGCAUUAGCGUUGAUAUGGCGGAUCAAUACUGUAUAUACUGUACAUACUGUAUGUACUUUAUCUGAUCAUUCAUUAUCUAAAACAGUCAAAUUGAGUUUAAAUGUGAUCGUUUCAGCAAGAAUUGUCAGUAGAUGAUGUCAUCCUGACACAUGAUUAGGUACAACAGCAUUAAUGAAAAACAUAAUAAUGGUUUUCAAAUGUUUUGUGCAGAAAAACCUCAUCAAUUUACUUUUGACUUUGUGAGAAAAAGGUGUUUUUUCAAAAGUUCCUUCAGUUUUUGUGUUUCACUUCUGCGAACGCUGCAACAUUUCCCUGCCAUUAAUGACUACUGUUUUUAUUAUUUAUAUGUGUUGGUAUGGAAUAUAUUUGAUAAUAAUAAUAAUUGUUGACAUUGUUAUUAUUAUGUUGCAUAUUGUUUUAACUCCACUGCAUUAGCUCUUUCUAAAACGUGGGCCCUGAUAUGCAGUGCAGUUUAUUAAACAUUUAAUAAACA